UUGAGUGGGUUGUGAAACGAAUUGAUUGUUGGAAAUGACAGUUUCUCGUAGGAAUGCCGUUGAAAGGGCGAAACAAGUUCUUCUCGAUAGACGAAGAUUGAUUUUGAGAGCUUUAUUAGAUAUUCUAAGAAUUCCGCUAACGGAACCUGAAGAAGAGCCUUCUUUUUCAGCCAUUUUGAAUUCUAGAGAUAUUCUAGUCAAAGAAGAAGCCUUAUUUUCUAACCUCACUUCAAGAAUUUCUAGAUGGCUGAAUGUUUUAGAUAAGGAUGCUGUUAAGAAGGCUCUGGAAUCUGUGAGUUAUGAUAAUCAAGAGAGAGCUUUGAUAGAGUUGAACCGCAAUCAACUCUAUGGCUAUUUAUUUCCUGACGAGCCUUAUCUGCUUAGUUUAUGUGUUUUCCUUAUGUGUUAUACUUGCCAGUCAACCUCCGAUCAAGUUGUAGAACUUUUCAAACUGGUCCAACAAAUCCUCGAGUUUUAUUUCCAAUUACAGCAUUGGAUAAAAGAAUCUUCAUAUGGAAGCUCAGCUCAUCUCUUCUCUUGUUUUGUGAGAGAUAUCAAGAACAGCGUAUGUAGUUUGUUUUUAGCGUUAAAUGCAGCCUUGGAUCGCUCCCGAGUAGUUGAGUUGUAUGAUCCCAGAACCAAACGUAGUGACAAGAAUCUUCUAUUAUCGAAUCGAGAUUUUCUGCAACGUCUUGAAGAAAUAUUGCGAAAGAAUGUGCCUAGUGAUACGGACUUAUUUUCUCCCGAAUCUAGAGCCAUAGCUGUUCCUAGUUUUAUGAGUUGCCUAUUUCUCGUUUAUUGUAAUUCGACAUCUCAACUCGAUGAAGACUCACUAAUCGAUCUAUUAGUACAGCUAACGUGUCGAGGCCAUAUUUUUGAGUUUCUUGACAGUCAUUUAGGUGAAUUUCUAGAUGUUGGAUACGGCAGUUUAUUGGAAGAUGUAGGGUUGAUGAGAGACGGCUAUGCGGAACUUAUAUAUGAUAUCGUUGACUUGUCAAACCUUUGUUCAAUGCUGAGUAUUCGUUGUCGAGAAGCUAUCGUAAGGCUUCUGGACAGAGUUGAAAAUGGUGACGUGGAGAUGAGUUUGCAAGAAGCAAACAACAAUGCCAGUUUGAUUGCAUAUCUUAUUUCACUCACUGGAAGAGCUUGCAAAGUUUGUGAUAUCCAUUCUUAUCGAAUAUGGAAUGCCCAGUCAGGAAAUUUGGUGUCUUUUUAUGGCAAUGUUGUCGUUGAAAUUGGCGAUAUUGUAGAACGAAAUUCUGAAAUCCCAUAUGCGGGUCCCGUAUUCUUUUCAACUGUUAUUUCUUUUUUUCGUAUGCUGAAAUACUUUGCAAAAGGAGGACAUCAGAUGACUUGUUUGGUCUUGAAUUUUUUAAGUCAUUCCGGACAUCCUUUUGCUUCACUGGAACGUAUUUAUCUCACACUAAAGUACUAUUGUAAUGCUUUAAGUAAAGGGCGUGAACAAGUAACCGAAGCGGAGUCAAAGGAAUUGUUUUAUUUGUCAGAAGCAGAAGGUCUCACCCUGGCUGCCUUUAUUGACACUCUCGAUGCAUGUGCUUUGACUGAUGAACAGUUAUUGCUAACCACGUUGACGGAAAGUAAUAUUCAAGAGUUAGCAGUACUAUGUUUGCAAUUGUCUCUACUGGAGAUUCCUGCAAAGUUGAAAGCCUCGCUGAUACAUUUUAUUAACGAUAUGCGUUCGGAGAGAUUAUCAUUUCACUUAUUAGAGCAUCUUUUUGGAGGGGAUGGUAUUGGAAUUCGUCGUGAAUACAAUCAGGCUAUAGAACAUCCUGAUGCUUUAGAAGUUGUUUGUGCUAUGCUGGAUUUAGCCAAAGGUUACAUUAAUCAACUCUAUGCCGGAUCAAGGACAUUGGAAGGAGCAGGAAUUUCUAUUUUGAAGAACAUUGGACAUAUCACUAUCCGAACUAUCAUUUCAAACUGGAAAAAGAUGGAAUAUUUGUCUGCCUUACAUAAGUGGCAACUUGCUUUCAAUGCUUCUAGCUUGAUUGCUUUGUUGCUAGCACACAAUAGUUUGGCAGAUUCGCAAUAUUUCUCUGUCAUAUACCAAAUUUAUACGGAUAUUUGUCAUACGGACAAUAUUUUAUCCGUUGCUAGUAAUUGUUUUCAUAAUGUUAUCUUAAUGAUGUCCGCAGAUGGAGAAGGAGAAGCAGCACUUAUCAAUGCACUCGAUAGUGGACAUCUUGAACUAUUACAAUUCAUAUGCAAAAGCAUUUGUUGUAGUUGCAUCGUCGUCCAGCGCUUGACAGAGCUAUUCAAAAGUCAUCGACUAGGCUUUUUACCUUCUUCUGUUGGCUCCCUCUCUGAUCUCAUCUCUUCCGAAUCGACAUAUCUUUCGUCGUUACUUUCGUUCAUUGGUUUAGGUUCAUUUCCAUUUUCAUUGGUGGUAUACGCAUCAGCAGAUACCCUUUGUUCAUGUGCUGCCUGCUCAAAUACUUUUAUUCAUACAUGUUUGAGUUCUACACUUCGACAAAAGACGAGAUCAACCUUAUGUCAAAGCAUUUUAGAUUCGGUGGUUGAGGCACCGUUAUGGGAACCAUUACAUUUUGAUGUAAACUUGCAGAAGUUUUUGAGAAGAGACAAAGUGUUAGAGUCUCUAUUGUAUUUUGUAUUUUGUUCGUUAGGAACAAGUUUCGAUGAAGAAGCAGGUUUAUACUUGUUAGGUUUUGAAAACAUCGAAUCAAUUGGAGAAGGAAUAUUCUCUGCAGUUGUAAAAGUUGUCUCUGUAUUAGCUGAGAGCCAAAGCUUAUCUGACAAGAACUUGGCUGUGUCCUUGUCGUUUUUGUCCUUGAUUUGCAGUAGACAAACGACAAGUUUAUUUGCGUUUCGCUAUAUUGGUCUUCACAAAAUGGAAAUAUUAACUCAAUUACUGACAUGUUACGGACUUCAGUCGAAGGAAAAUCUCAUCUCUCAUGUUGUAGAUCCUUCGCUAUUUUGCCAAUCAUUCUCAUCUUCAUUGCGGCUCAUUGCGUUGUGUUAUUUUGAAUAUUCAUAUCGAAAUGCAAAUGAAGGAAUUCACAUAGCAGAGUUGGAAGUAUCAUCCCAUAUAUCGGAACUUUUUUCUAGUUUGACUCUAAUAGUUACCUCGUUUGACACAAUUCAUUCUGAACAACUCGAAAAUUUGUUUUCAAGCUGGUAUCAGUUGUUGCUUGCUGCCACGUGUCGUUCGGAUUCCAAGAAACAGGCAAAUACGGAAGAAAUGCUUUCCUCGUGGAUUUUGCAGUUGCUGAAUUUCGUCGAUUUCUUAAUGUCAAGCAAAGAACAACCAACAACGAAGACUUUUUUAUCGGACAAUAGUAUUCAUGCGACAGUUCUUCUUCUAUUGCGGAAACUUCAUGACCUUUCUAUCCCUCGAUUGAGUAUGUUCUAUGCCCAUAAUAUAUUUGUUUUGGCUACCAAGACUUUGAUUUUGUGGAUGCUCAAGCUGAAGGAAUCCUCAACAACAAGUCUUUCGUUAUGGACAAGUCUUACUACAGUAUUCCAGUACUUGACAGAAUAUAUGACAUAUGACACAAAUCAGCCCGGCGAAAAGGUUGCAGAUGCUAAGCAAAUAUUUAACAUUUUAAGUCAACAUGCGUUCCAUUCUCGAAAGACUACUAUCGAAUGGAUCAUCGAUAUCUUCAUUUCGGAAGCAAGGCAUCAUCUCUCACUAUCCAAACUGGCAGUUAGUUCGUCAAUGCUAUCCGUCAUUAUUCAGUAUACAGUAUUUCAUCGACUGAUGCUUGGAGAGUUUGGUUUAGAUAUUCAUCAGUUGUUGCGAGCAAAUGGAAGGCUGCGACAGUUAUUUUACAACAUUUUUUCUAGUGGCCAUUUUCAGCGGAGUAUUUAUCGAAGCAUUGCGGUUCAGUUGAGGAGUAACGAGGAUAAUUUGUUAUCAUCUGAUUCUCUUGUUCGAUAUGCACGUGCAGAUGACUCGAAUACGGAAAAUGAGCAAGAGAGUUUUAUUGCUCUUCCAUUGUUGGAUAGUCUGUUGUGUUUGAUAAAAUCUAUGGCUUCGUUGGAAGAUGUGGGUGUCCUGACAGAGUGCCAGUUUACGAAUUCGCUAAUUCCGUUUAUGGAGUUUGUUGCCGAUGGAGGAAGUUUUGUUCAUCAAAUGAAUGUUAGACUUGAGUCAUCGUCCAAUUUGCUUUCUAGUGGUCUUCGCAAUGACGAGUUGCUUAUUCACUCUGGUCUACUAGCUCCUGUAGAAACAAGUAUUCAUAUAAUAUCGUCUUUGAUACAAACUGCGAGUUCCAUUCUUUGUAAUACUUUGAAAGAGACGCCUCCGAAAUCUUUGUUGGAUUUAUGUCUCUCCUGUCUGGAUGCGAUGGAGACUCCCUUGAGACAAAUAGUGAGAAGUCCUGGUUUUGUUAUUUUUAUUAGCAAUCUAAGGUUGGUCCAUUCACUGGGUCAGCUACUAGUUCUGAUUGCACCUUUUGCUGCCUCAUCUCCUAUUAUCUCAUCGAUUACGAAGCUAUGCUUUGAAGCAAUUUUUCGAGUUUGUCAAGACAGAGAUGUAUUUCAGCUGGAAAAAAGUGUUUCCUUACAUAUUGAAGGCUCCUAUGUCCCACGCAUUCAACCAACAGACUUGAUUCAACUCUCGAGAAAUAAUGUUUUUCAUCCGGAAAACGGUUCUCUGUUGGAACGAGAUUACCUUUAUGUCCGUUGCCAGUGUCGACGAAUAUAUUUGUUUUUAUUACACUUGCUUCCAAGUUUGUGGAAGAAUUUUUCGUUGAACUCAAAACCUGAUUCUGUGGAUGGCUUAAAGACUAGAGGCAACGUAGUCUCGUCAUUAAGUGAGAUAUGUGGAUGUGUAUUUGCUGCUUAUACAGAAAUGAAGUUUUUUGACGAAGAAGCGGAUAAGAUGGAGUUGUAUUCUCGGGAUACUUCGAAAACCAAAUUAUUCGUUGAUUUUACAAAGGAAGAAUAUGCAACUAAUAUUCAAGAGCCUUCUUUCGUGUUAUCCGCAAUCAAGAAAGAUUCCACAAAUGCUCGAAGUCUGGCAACUGUCUGUUUUUAUGCUCUUGAGAAUGGCCUGUUAGUGAUUGACAGAAUUCUGACCAUGUGCAAAGAUCAGUUAUAUGGUGAACCUAACACUCAGAUUGCUGCGUUUAGUUUUGGACACAAAUAUUCAGCUGUGCAACUGGAGAGAAUAUUGAAAGAUGCUCGUGAUGUUAUUUUACCAUUUUGUCAAAAGUUGGAAUGUGCUCCUCGUGGUCUCUGGAAGAAUCGAGACGCAUCCUUCACACAAGCAGUCUGUCGUCAUAUCCGUAUUGUUCUGCACGUGAAUUGAACAAAUGGACUGAUAAACUAUUCAUACU